AGUACGCAGACGAAGCGGCAAAGUCAGACUUUCGCAAAGAGAUUAACCUGAUGAAAAAUCUUGGACAGCACGAACGUCUUGUGAACAUACUCGGUUGCAUCACCGUGGACGAACCGCUGUGUCUGAUCGUGGAGUUUUGUCCAGAUGGAGACCUACUUCACUACCUGAGGGACAGACGAAAGUACAUGAUUGAGGUACAGUCACGUGUCUCGUCCAUAAAGCCACAACUGAAUGUUCGAUGCACGGCUCAAAUUCUUGAAGAACAUGGUCUCAAUCUGCAAGACGUCGAUAAUCCAGAUUUCGAUUUGGAAAUGAUUCUUUGUCUAAAGGAUCUGAUGUCGUUUUCCUGGCAGGUGUCCGUUGGAAUGGAAUACCUCAGUCAAAAGGGCUUUAUUCAUCGAGAUGUAGCCGCAAGAAACAUUAUGGUGGAUCAUAAAAAAAUUAAGGCAAGUAAUUUGUGUAACUUCGCUUUAAUCGGCGAUUUUGGGUUGUGCCGUUACGUUUACAGUGAUCCGGUCUACAUGGGUAAGGGUGGUCGAUUGCCAGUAAAGUGGAUGGCACUUGAAGCGAUCAAGAGCUACGAGUUCACCUCAAAGUCUGACGUAUGGUCGUUUGGGGUUUUGCUAUUCGAGAUCAUCACCCUCGGUGGUUCACCGUACCCAGGUAUUCAACCGUCAGACAUGGAGAAACUGCUGGAGUCCGGUAAACGAAUGGAAAAGCCUGAAAACUGUCCGGACGAUUUGUAUAUAAUAAUGCUGGACUGCUGGGCAGCUCAUCCUGAUCGAAGGCCGUCGUUUUCAGAACUCAGGGAGCAGUUGCGCUGCAUGCUUGAGAAGAUCACCGAAGAUUAUUCCUACCUUGGACUCGAUCCGAACCGCGACUAUUACAACGUCGUUGGUCAGGACGAGGAACCGACAACGGCCGCUAAAUCUACUACGGAAAACGAGGCCCCAAGCGAAAGUGAGGUGACAAAACAGGGGACCUUUAUUGGCGAGGAGCAUCCUUCAGGCGCGGACAGUCUGACGUUUGUGCAAGGGUAAUC